GAACGUCUCUACAAGGAACUAGAGACUUGGAAACGAGUUGCUCAGAACGCGGGUCUUUCAUACCCCCAGGCGAACAAGGAGGAACCGGCAAGCACGACCUAGAAGGUCUCAGCUCAAGACCAGAACCCUUACCCUGCGGUCCAUGUGGAGGCGGCGUUGUCUCCCCAGCAGGGUCCCAUCGAACAGACGGACCAUCAACAUGAUACUCCUCAGGAUGAGCAUGAUGCCCCUCCUUACGAACCCUUCAACCUCCCUACCGACGAGGCCAGCGAUCUCCCUGAAACUCCUCAGCAUCAGAAUGCGGAUUCUCAAUGCCAGUCACCGAUCCUCGCCAUUGAUUAUGCUAUCCAUCAGCAUGACAUCCCUCAAUGCGAGCCCUCCGCACUUGCUAUCGAUCAUGCGAAUUUUCAGCUCCACACUCCUCAGUAUCAGCCGUCCGCCUCUUUCGAUCCACUUUGCCAGCCACGUCCGAUUGCUCCUCGGGUGCUUCCUCCCAUUCCUCCCAGAAGACUUCACUCACCUCAAGCUUCUGGAUUCGUUGCGUCGGUCCCACGGGGCGUGUGUCAGAUCGAGAUUACGGACCCUGAUCCUACUUUUUUCUAUUCAACUUAUACCCCCAGCCAGCAGUAAGCUGCUUUCUCGUUGUUUUCUCAGAUUAUAAAGCACUAUAGCCGUGGUAGAUAGGCUAUAUCAUAAUCAACCUUGCUCUCUAACUGUCAUGUUUUCCCAUGCGUAUACGGUUUGGUCACAGCGUUGAACAAGACUUUGCGGUGGGCUUGUAGGAUUUGGGUGUUUAUAACAGAAGCAUUACAUGGAUCACGGAGCUUUCCUGCUUUAUGACAUUAAUAAGACGCCGGCUCUAGCCAUGUGCAAAAACCAA